AUGCCGCCGAUGAUGCCACAAACGCCCCAUAAGGACGAUCUCGAGUCAACUUGGUCGUUCUUAGAGUCGGGUAUCAACAAUGUGAUGCACAAGCUGGAGGAGGGUGUUGAUAUGAAACAUUACAUGGCUCUUUACACAGCCGUCCACAACUUUUGCACAUCACAAAAAGCCGUUGCGAGUAACCAAGGUCUUCAAGCUCACCGUGGAGGUUUGUCCCUCUUCCCCACAAGAUCGCUGGAUGGUCUGGCCCAAGAACGGCUCAACAAUACCCCUCGACUUUCGCUAAUGCCUUAUUGGCUUCGAAAAGCUCAUCUACUCGGCGAGGAACUUUACAAGCUACUAGGCGAAUACCUCUCACGCCAUCUCAGUGAUGUGCUCGAAAAAUCACUCUCUCACGCCGAUGAAGCACUACUAGCAUUCUACAUCCGCGAAUGGACUCGCUACACGACCGCCGCCAAAUAUGUCAACCAUCUCUUCAGCUAUCUCAACCGGCACUGGGUGAAGCGUGAAAUCGACGAAGGAAAGAAGAAUGUUUAUGAUGUCUACACCUUACAUCUUGUCAAAUGGAAGGACGAUUUCUUCGAGAAUCUGCAUGCGAAGGUGAUGGACGCAGUGCUAAAUUUGAUCGAGAAGCAGCGAAACGGUGAAACGAUCGAACAAUCACAGAUCAAGAGCAUCGUUGAUUCUUUUGUAUCAUUGGGUCUCGACGAAAACGACAGCAAAAAGUCCACACUCGAGGUCUACCGGCAUUAUUUCCAGCGGCCGUUCAUUGACGCGACGAAGAAGUAUUACGAGAACGAGUCGCGGCAAUUCGUGGCAGAGAACAGCGUUGUGGAAUACAUGAAGAAGGCUGAGGCUCGGCUUGAGGAGGAGAAAGCUCGAGUGGGUCUCUACUUACACUCGGAUGUGACCAAAAGCCUCACCGAAACGUGUCUGGAUGUUCUUGUCACUGCUCAUUCCAAUCUUCUUCGCGAUGAAUUCCAGAUUCUGCUCGAUAAUGAACGACAGGAUGACCUUGCUCGCAUGUACCGCCUCCUGUCACGCAUCAAGGAGGGGUUGGAUCCAUUACGUUCCAUUUUUGAAAAUCACGUGAGGAAAGCUGGAAUGGAUGCUGUCGAAAAGGUUGCAUCGGACGGCGAAAGCUUUGAGCCUAAGCUGUACGUCGAUGCUCUGCUCCAAGUUCACACACGAUACCACAAUCUCGUUGACGAGGCCUUUAACGGUGAAUCCGAGUUUGUUCGUUCGCUUGAUAACGCCUGUCGGGAGUUUGUCAAUCGUAACUGUAUUUGCAAGUCAACUUCAACCAAGUCUCCUGAAUUGCUGGCCAAGUAUACCGACUCAUUGCUCAAGAAAGGUACUAAGUCUGCUGAGGAGUCCGAGCUUGAAGAGAUGCUCGUUCAGGUCAUGACGGUUUUCAAGUACAUCGAGGAUAAGGACGUGUUCCAAAAGUUCUACUCCAAAAUGCUGGCGAAACGUCUGGUGCAUGUCAGCUCGGUCUCUGAUGAUGCAGAAACUAGUAUGAUCAGCAAGCUAAAGGAGGCUUGUGGAUUUGAAUACACCAAUAAGUUGCAGCGCAUGUUCCAGGACAUCCAGAUUUCCAAAGAUCUUAAUGCCAAUUACAAGGUCUACCAAGAAAAGGUCUUGGAUGAUGAUGACCGCAGGAGAAUGGUGGACGCACAUUUCCAGGUCUUGGGAACUGGAAUGUGGCCUCUGAAUCCACCAAGCACUACUUUCUCUGCGCCUCCGGAGGUUACCAAAUCCGCUGAUCGGUUCCAGAAGUUUUACUUUGAUAAGCACAACGGCCGCAAGUUGACAUGGCUGUGGCAGUUGUGCAAGGGUGAGGUCAAGGCCAACUAUAUCAAGAACUCCAAGGUGCCUUACACGUUCCAAGUAUCAGCCUUCCAGAUGGGUAUUCUCCUGUUGUUUAACGAGAGUGACGCUCUCUCGUAUUCGCAAAUCCAGGAAGCCACUACCCUGGCUCCUGACAUCCUUGACCCUAAUCUUGCUAUUUUCAUAAAGGCGAAGGUGCUACUGGCGGGCCCUGAUGGCGCCAAACCUGAACCUACAACUACCUACACCUUGAACACCAAUUUCAAAAACAAGAAGGUUAAGAUCAAUCUCAACGUUCAGAUUAAGUCCGAACAAAAGGUAGAAUCGGAGGACACACACAAGACGAUCGAGGAGGAUCGGAAGCUGCUGCUCCAAUCUGCCAUCGUUCGCGUCAUGAAAUCUCGCAAGAAGAUGAAGCACGUACAACUCGUACAGGAAGUCAUCCAGCAGGUCAAAUCCCGUUUCCCGCCCAAGAUUUCCGACAUCAAGAAAAACAUCGAGGCUCUCAUGGAAAAGGACUACAUCGAACGACUAGACGGAGACGAAGUUUCUUACAUUGCUUAA